AUGGCAGCCACAGUAGUCCCUAGUGUAAUGAUUAAUCUAAAAGCUCUCGACAAAAACAACUAUAAGCACUGGAGCUUUCGGGUGAAAACAUACUUAGUGGCUGAAGAUUUGUGGGACGUUGUCGAAGACACAAACGACCCUCCAAAACUAGAAGACGGGAAAGCUAUAUUCGUGGCUUGGCGGAAAAACAAUGCUAGGGCUUUGCAUGCUAUCACCAUAUCUUGCGGGGAGGAUGCUGAGUCCGCCAUUAGCGAUAUAGAGAUGGCGAAAGAUGCCUGGAACACUUUGGCAGAAAAGUUCAAGCCUCCUGAAAUUAUAGAAACUCAAGAUUUCAAUUCUGAAGUGGACUCCGGCUCAGAUGAUGGUAAUGCUGACUCGAAAAUAGAUGCGGUUGAAGCAUAUGACCAUGAGACCUAUGCAUCUUUCUUCAAUAAGGUGGCCACAGCCAUGGGGGACGGGAAAUGGGAGGAUGUAAAAGAGUUUAUGAAACAACAUCCAGAGGCAGUAAGAGCAAAACAUGGGCGCUGGGGCUUGACAGUUUUUCACAAAGUAGUCCGGUAUCAGGACGUGAGAGGUGUAAAAGAAUUGCUGCCGUUUAUGAGAAAGAAAGAUUGGGGAAUACUAGACAAUGAAGGACGUACUGCUUUUUCUCUGGUUAUAGAAGAUGGGCAUACAGAUGAUGCGAUCGAAAUCGUCAAGUGCAUAGUUGAGAAGAACAAAAAAUUACUCCUUCGUGUUGUCCAUCCUUCCGCCAAAACUGUUCCACUCGUGUAUGCUCUGAGUUUGGACAAACCAAAAAUGGCCCGUUAUCUUUAUUCUGUUACUCCACUCGAGAAGCUCAAGAGUAGAGACGCCGCUGAGCUUGUUUCCACGGGUUUGCGAUUGAAACAUUUAGAUAUUUCGUUGGACUUACUACGGCGUUUUCCAAACUUGGCCAUUGCUGAAGAUCACUCUGGUCAAUCUCCAUUAAAUGAAUUGGCUAGUACGCGUGCUGGAUUAUUCUCAGAUGCUAGCAAGCUCGGAAUGCGGAAACGAUUGAUUUAUAGAUGUUAG